GCGUAACGCGAGAAGUGCGUAUCCAAGCAACAAGACGAGAACAUGAACGGAGAGGGGGGGAUUUUUGCUGGAGUGAAAUGUUGAUCUUGAAGCACUUUUUCUCAGCUAAGUUACUUUUGCUUUGCUGCAAAGAGAUACGGUGUGGGGGGAUUUCUCCCUUUGUAACGGGAAAUGAGUUCUUCUGGUGGGACAGAAGGCAAACGGGGGCCCUUUUAUUUCUUUGAUCAGCCAGCAGGACGAAAUCGAGUUAAAGGAGAGCGAGGAAACAUUUUACAUUUGAGUGUGACAAAUGGAGGAGCGCAAUUCGAGGGCAGGAUACUAAGUAAUCCAGAGGAGAACGGAGGAAGGAAGGAAGAAGGCGAUAAACCUGGCACAUCGUCUGCUUUAAAUCUGAUCGGUUCGAUGGAGGCAUACAAGCAAGCAGCGCCUCAGUUAUUAAAUGAAUUGGCUCGCCUGCUUUGGCAGCAUAGGUGGGCUGAUGAGAGGCGUCUUCCUCGCGGGGUUGUAAAUAUUCUGAACUGCUCCUGGCACGAUCUGACUGCAGGGGCGCUGCGUUCAAGUCCCAAACUGACUGACAAGCUACCGAAGUCUGUGGGCUCCCCGAAGCUGCAGCAACCUCCCCGCCAGGUGUCAGCCAGCGGCCGGGAGGAAACGGCAGAGGAGAUCCCGUGCGCUGCAGGAAGUGCUGGUUUCACAGGGAGAAAGUCGCAAGUCAAACUAAACCCACGUGUGAAAAAGAGCGAGCAAAGAUGCAGUAGAGCUCGCAGCUCCACGGCAGCCACUCCCUCCAUCUCAUCCAGUUUGAUCGCUCAGCCUAAUCAGGCCUCCAGUGAUGUGCCUAACAGGAUCAGUUUGUAUCAGUGGGUGGUGGAGAGACUGCAGGGAGCAAAAAAUCCCGAAAAACUGCCAACAACUGAGCUGGAUCCGAACGAACAGCUUAUCCUCCGUCACUAUGGGGAUGCUAACGUGACACGCAGGAGAAGAAAGGACCGUCCUUCCUCUUUAGUCAACGGGAUGCCACAGAUACCAGAAGUGAAACAGCGGGAUCCUGCCCAGCAAAAACUGCACUACAGGAUCAACGAUGGCUCCUCACUCAUAUAUUACCCAUCUGGUUGCAUGGCAGUGUGCCAGAGUCACUCAGGCCUGCCCUGCGGAGGCUUCUAUACCAAUGUGUUCACUGACAGCAAGUUUCCCACCAUCCUCGCGACUAUUACAGCGUUUGGGCGCGGGGCCGUCACACAUCCUCUCAGCUCAGCCAUCACAGCACUGUGGGAUCAGAACGGUGGAUUCAUGUGCGAUAUUUACGGAAACAAAACUAAGGAGUGGAGUUGGAAGACAUAUCACAGGGAAAAGAUUGCAAUACAGAUUUCUGAUCACGUGUCUGUGAGUCUGUUCAGCGGCACGUCUGCAGUGCUCACCUUCAGGUGUGAAAAUGAAACUGCCCAGCUUCCGCUUUCUGCUCGGUCUCACCUUAAUCAGCCAAAGGAAACAUCGGUGCGCUCUCGGGACGCUCUCCAGAUGAUGAGAGAAGAGAAGAGGCAGGAGGAGUCGUCAGCACACUGGAAAAGAGGAGGUCAUCCCAGCGGGACACUGAUGAGGCUUCAGCAAAGAGUACACAAAACCGUGGAAGAUUGGUUGGACUGUUAUCGUGUGGCUGUCGGUAUCAAGUGUCCUGGCUCAAUGCGGAUGCCAGAUGCCCCACUGAGGACCAGGCCGAGAAAAGAGGCGCAGUCAGCUGCUCUGCCCUCCGUGAAGCUACCUGAACGAGUAAAUGCUAACCCAGUCCAGCCAGAGGAGAGCAGAGAUGAGUUUCGGGAGCUUCACGGGCACCUGUCGCCAUCGGCCGAAAGAGCGCCGGACUUUCCCGUUGUGCUGCCUAGGACACCUAAAAAGCCUGAAAAGAAGGAACGUGGAUUCACGCAGCUAGGACCUCUUCGGAUUUACGGGAGCAUCAAACCAGAGUCAGUGUCUCUUCCAAAUAAUCCCGAAUUGCAGAUGUCCGCCGUCACCCACCUUCCUGCAGUAGCACCGUUCCCCCCCUCUGUCCCCCUCACAGUGUGCCCGGAUCUACUCAGAGCGGCACUGCUGGGGGAAGGGCAGCGGAGGAGCUGCUGCUGCAGCACUAAACUAAUGCCGGUAGUGACAGACCUGGAGUAUGAUGCUUUCAUUAUGGGCCAGCCUCCACAGAGUCAACAGAUCCUUGUUGUGUGUGUGACUUGUCCACGUCAGCCUGGCGACACGCACGCAACGCCCGGCCAGGACUCGCUGGAGUAUCUUUACAGGAGGAAGAACAAACACAGAACAUCGCCUUGCACUCAGUGUCAGAUGGACUCUUUUCGUGUGGUGAGGUAUGAAAUAGAAAUGGAGAAUCCCUGCUACGAAUCCAAGAGCAUCCUGCUGCGCCAGCGACACAGAGCUGCUCCCGGCACGGUCCUGAUGUAUAUCAGAGGGAAGCUGCUGUUUGCGGGGUACAUAUGCAGCGAUCACAGCUUCUCAGCCAGGGUCCUUGAAAAGCAAAUCUCCAGAAGCAGAAGAGACUACAGAUUAGGUCUGAUUCUCCCGUCAGACUACAAGUUCAGUGAUUCUGUGAACACUCCUGCGGCUGCAGACACAGCACUAACCUGAGGCGAUGACAUCACACCGAGUCCUUCAGAGAAAAGGGAAACAGUGAAGGCAAUGUAAAGUUUUCAUCAACAUUUACGUGAAAUUCUGACGGAUUCCUCUGUGGAAUAAAAAAAUGAAACUGAAACAUAA